AAUCUGAUUUAAAGUAGAUUUUAUAUUUUUAUAGACUUUAUCAAUGAAAGUUGAAAGAACUUCUUUAGAGCGAACCAAUAAUAAUUGAAACUGCAGUGACAGCAACAGCGAAAAUCAGUUUUUGACUGAUCGAUUUUACUUCAAAAAGAUAUGAAAGAAUAAUAAUGAUGGGUAUUUAACAUUACUACUCCUGUUUCUCUGACUGAAGUUAGCGGCUGCUGCCUGCGAAGCACGAGCACGAGGGUGAUCCGUGGUUGGUGGAACUUCUCCGGAUCAAACAGAUUUUCAGAAGAAAAACUAUCGAUAAAGAUGGAUAACUUCAGUUCUGUACUCUCCGACGAAGAAAGAUCUCAAAUUACUCAGUAUGAAAAUAUUUUCAAAUCUAUAGCCACACAGAACCAAUUCGACUUUCUGCCAAGUGAACACCUAAUGAGCCAAUCAUUCUCCACUACAGAUGUUUUAGAGAAUCAGCAGACAUUUCGACAUAGCUGGGAUACCAAUAAUUCAGCCGAUUGUAGCAAAUUGGCGAAAAUGCGAAUUCAAAAUGGAAAUACCAAAUUUUUAUCUCCAAUUUGCAAUCUUGAUGAAGAUACUAUGCCUGGUGUAAUAGAUCUGAUGAACGAGGAAGAGUCAUUACAAGAAAAUCCUUUAGUCAACACCUCGCAGUAUUUUAUGCAAGGGCCCCCAGAAUUGAUACUUCAUGGCAAAUUGAGUCCAAGUAAGUUCAGAAGAAGUUUUUCAACGUCAGAACAUUGUAGUUUUUCAAACCAGUGCAACCAAAUAGAAACAUACGAAGGACAAAGUUUCGGGUUGUCCGAUUAUCAAGAAUCAGUUGAAAAUUUUCUGGAUGAUAACACCACGGGCGAGUCAAUGUCAGAACAAAAGAAGCCAGAAAGCUUCUUCAUUGGAGCCAGUAAGUCAUACAAAGCGCCUCAAUCUUACAAUGUUUCAAGGGACCAGCUUUAUUUAGACGGAAACCAUUCUGGAAAUUUCGCACCGGACUCAAGCAAAAUGACUUUUCACUCAUUUCAACGGAAACCAUCGGUAAUAAAUGGACAUGAGCUUGAAAUGCAUGCAAACAGCCCUCGUGGUUCGAUCGAUCCGAAUCAAUUACAAAAUGAAGCGUGCUGUCAAUUAGAAGCAGAAUCAUUCCUGCAGAAAGUGACCGUUAUCAGCGAAACGAGCGUAGGUGGACCAUCUAAUUUCGAGAUCUCUCCCCCUUCAUUGUCUAAUGCAACCAUCGCUUCAUCGCUAGACUCAAGUUCUCUGGAAAAUUCCCCGCCUUUUGUUCAAAACCAAACCUAUGUUAUUAGUUAUAACCCUGUAUAUACAUGCCAAGAGCAAAACGGAAUUUUCCAACAAAACCAAAGAUGUUUGAAGGUCGAACCAAAUCAAAGCGAAAAGCAAUUUUGUGAACCUCAACCAUUUUUUGAGCACAGAUUCUUAAUCACAAAUAACAUCAACGGCCCAAUUAAUUCCUCAAACGAUAGUGGUAAUAUUAUGACCAGGUACUUCGGCAAUCAGGGUUUCACUGUUGGUCAAUCUGUAAACCAUGUUCAAGCGACGAAGCAACUUGCAUGUAUAGCGCAUCAUUUGCCUUUUGACGAAGACCGGGGAAAACCGGAUUUCGAUGCGCAUUCUCUCCAGCCGGUUUUUAGUUGCAGAAAUAAAAACCUUGAGGAGUUUGCAAGCAACGUUGAAAAAGAGAGGCGAAAGGAUUACGUGCAAUUGUUCAGAUGCUGGGAACCUUCGUGCAACAAAGUCUUCUCGCGGAGGUCUCAACGAAAAAUCCACAUGCGCAUGCAUACAGGUGAGAGGCCGUUCAAGUGUGAUUGGAAGGGAUGUUUUAAGAGGUUCAACAGGUCAGACGAACUGGGCAGACACAGGAGAGUGCACACGAAGGAGAAGCCCUUUCAGUGCCACAUAUGCAGCCGUAAAUUCGCACGCUCAGACCACCUCAAAGUUCACAUCAACAGACACAAAAACCGCAACGAGUUCUGACACUUCAAGCAACGUUUGAAGGGGUCUAUUUUUUCAAAUUGAGGAGGGGGGGGGGGAGGUAAUGCGUUUUUGUAGGUUUCAAAAUGUCUCCAUAUUUGUUCAGAAGCUUCUUCUGACACAGAAUUUUUUUCGAA